AUGGGCAGCAGGCUCCUCAUGCACCCCUCCUCCUUCCAGGAAGGCCGCCACGCCUCGGCCCGCUCCCACCCCGCGCGCCGCCGGGAGCCCACUCUCCACUGGACGGCUCUGGCCGCCGCGCGCGCGCGCGCUGAAGGCCCGCAGUCAGACGGAGCCUCACUCGGUGACGGGCCCGCGGAGCAAGCGUCGGACCUACGGAGCCCCGAGCCGCCUGGGCGUUUUUGCAGCGGCUCGCAGAGGGCACCUUGCGCAGAACCGCCAUCGUGCCCGGCCCAGGGUGUGCUCGGGCAGGCCCAGGGAGAGGACACAUCGAAGAACGUUUUGGAGCGCUCCAAGAACGAUCUGGGUCGCACUUGA